GUGGGGUCGAAACGCGACCACCAUCUGACUGUGAUACCCUGCAUGAAAUGCUGCAGAUAUGUCGCGCGGAGGACGGUCAGGCAUUUCAGGUGAAUGCUACUCUCCGAGACAUUGAGAGAGUAGGGAGUAUCGAACUCUUCUUACAGCAGGAGACCGGAGUCCCCCAAGAGGCUAUACUCGCGUACCUCUCCGACGGACGACGAUUGACGAAUGCGAAUAUAAGGGAACUUGCUGGUGCUCACGAUCAGUCCAUCUACGUAUUCAAUAAAGUCUACCUGGACUUUGAUAUUAAUGAAGUGCUACGCGACCUCCGGGUAGAACCAGCCUUCCAGCCCCCAAUUGAAGAGAGUAUUUCCGCAACCCCUCCUUUCAAGGCUUCAGAUUUGUCUGCUUCGUACCUUGCAGCGGCUCACUCACAUCAUGAGACCGUCAAGUAUCUCCAUACAACCAUGCACCAUCAACACGAAGCUGUCCAGAUUGCGUCGAAUAGUUUGGACCUGAACGUUCUCGCUCUAGUAGAUACGUAUGACGGGCUUUCUUCGGGAUUCAAGAAGGAGCUAGACAAACAGGCAGCGCUACUCGCAGGGUUGGAAGUGGACUUGGAUAUCAUCAGCCGCGUGCGUAUACAUACGGAGUUCGUGUCGCCUGCAGUACGGAAAGCGAUGGAAGCGGGCGAUAAGGCUCGUACGCUGGGAGAUUACGUUUCGAAUGCAAAGAUGAAGCAGGUGGCAGAAACGUGUGCGAGGACGCAUAAUGACCUUUACUUGAGAUUUGAGCAAGUGAACGAGGUUGUCGGUAAGCUCAAAGAAGGCACGUCGACUGUGCGGACCGCAGCGGUUUCGACCCAAACACUGGAUGAGGCUGAUGGAUGCUUGCGACGAUCUCGAGACAUCUUCGAGAAGAUUACCGACGGCGCCACACCGUUGGAGGGUCGUGCUCUUAAUUCUGACGACAGAUUACAAGAGCUCAAGCAUUUAGAUCUUACUCUCCGGGAUCAAUUGCAAUACAUCGUGGACGCUAAGAAUACAUAUACACAUCAGUGCAUUAGUAUAACACGGUCAAUCAGUCUCUUGAAUACCGACAUGCAGCAGAUCCCCGCGAGUUUACAGGCCUUAUCAAACAGCUUUCGGGGUAAAAAUAGCUUUUCGCACAUUCAACGUUUGCACAAUAUGCUUUAUGCCUAUGGUGCCACCGUUAUUGAAAUCGUGAGAAGGAAGGAGUUCUCCAGGUUCUUCUAUCAACGAGCCCAAAGCAUUCUGGAAGUCAUGGCCAAGUUAUCUGCCAACGAAAGGAAACGCCGUCAAGUAUAUCGUGGAGAAGUUCACGGUCAAUUGCCGUUCGAAACCCGGGGCAUGGAUGAUCCUGUGCCAACUAUUGAUUUUUCUCCUUCCGGGAGUUCCGACGCUGCCUAUUCCAUUGAACGAUCCGAUGUUGACGGUCUUCUUCACGUCCUUGAUGAUCUAGAGCAAGCGUCCCGCAAUGACAAUGAUGCUGAAGCACUUUCUGCUGUACAGGAAUGCAGAACUGGGCUGGAGAGAUUGGUCGUGAAAAUGGACAGCUUGGAAUCUGGUUUCGAUAGGAUCGCCGAAAGGUCGCUACUCUCUGCUUCUCGGAUAUCUCAUUCUCGUCGAAGGUCUAUAGAAGCUGAUGAACAUGCGUAUAAUGAAGUGAUAGAUCAGCUUCGGGCUGUUCAGGAAACCAAGAACCGUCAAGAGUCGCUCUUUCAAGAAGAGCGUCUCGGUCUUAAGGGAGAAAUUCAGCGCUUGCAAUCUACACUACAAGCUGCUGCCUCCAAUGCUUCUGAGGAACGGGACCGAGCCGACAGGCUGGAACGCGAACUCCAUGAAGCCCGAGCUCAGAUUGAGAGCGAAACCAGGGCUCGUCGCAUUACCGAGGAACGGAACGCAGAGUUGAUUAGAGACGCGGAUAAUAAAGGGUCAGAGUUGGGUCGAGCAUUAGCUGAGGCGACAAAUCAAGCUAAAGCAAUCGAAGUCUUGCGACAGCAGCUUGCUCACAUUCGGAGUGAAUCCGAGGAUAUCAAGACGUUAGAGGCGAAAAAUUCGGAGAAACUCGCGGCUUUGAUGGAAGAUCAAGCCAAUAACCUGCGUUUGCUAGAGGAAUCUCGUGCACGGGGAGAGGAUUUGGAACAUCAGAUUCAAGCCGCGCGUGCGGAGAGCCAGGAGAUGAACAGUGCAUUGAAGGAAGUUGGCCAGGAGAAGGAUAGGCUUUUGCGAGCGCAGGCGUCCGACCAUGACCGACUGCUGCGCGAUCAUAUUGCGGAGGCCGACGGAGACCGUGCCGUACUUGAGCAUCGUCAGACUGAGUUGCUACUCGAGAAGGACGAGCUUCUGAGACAGAUGAAAGAUGUAAAAUCUGAUCUAGAGAUCGCCUAUUCCGACGCGGUUGGUUUGCGUGAGGCUCUCCAACGGACAGAGCAUGAACUCCGGGAGGCGAGGCACGCUGAGCGAGUGGUUCGGGAAGAUCUGAGAGCUGGUCUUGCUUCUCAAUCUGACUACGAGCACAAACUAGAGAAUAGUGAUCGUUUGGUUGCUCAAAUACUCGACGUUGCCCUAGCCUUCCGGGUGUCCCAUGAAAAGGCUAUGGCUUCCGCACAAACGAUGACUUCCCAUCCGGGCUCGGGAUCGAAGCAUUCAACGGCAGGUUUGGGCGAAUCUGUUUUUUCUUCAGGACUGCGGCAUAAUAUUGUAGGACAACCAGAUGAACCGUCACCUAUCGAUCCUUCAGAUCCUGCGGCAGCUUUGGAAGCGCUGCGAGCAUUUGAUCAUGACCAUUUCCUCGAAGCCAUAACGAAGGUCGGCUCGACGAUUCGGAAGUGGCAGAAGCAAUGCAAAGAAUACAGAGAGCGUGCGAAGGGAAGAAUUUCGUUCAGGAACUUUGCAAAAGGGGACCUUGCACUCUUUCUCCCCACUAGAAAUUCAAUAUCUAAACCUUGGGCUGCAUUCAAUGUAUUCUUUCCGCAUUACUUCCUUCAGGCUCACGGGCACCUUGCUGAGCAAUUGAAAACAAGAGAAUGGAUCGUUGCACGUAUUACGUCCAUCACUGAACGGGUCGUCGACCAUAAUGACCCAACCAGUAAUCCGUAUGGCUUGAGUGACGGCGUCAAGUACUACAUGUUGCAGGUUGAGGAUUGGACACAACCUGCUCAACAGAAUCGGCGCCGUUCCUCCGCUGUCAAGUCAAUGAAAGAGCCUGACAUCCAUCAACAGCCCACAGCUCUUACUAAUGGUAGUCCUCCCACAUUACCACCAGCACCACCCGAAGCUGAAGUCGAAGACACCUUCCAAGUGACCUCUCCUGCGACGUCACGUCUCUUUCCCUUGCGCACUCGUGCUAACUCUUCGCCAUCCACCCGACCUUCAUCUCUUUCACGUCUUCUUGCCCAGGCUUCUCAGGAUCCCCGACCCGAAGAAACUCCAUCACCACCAUCGCCGCCCCCACCUCCGCCGCCAGUUCGUACACCGUCACCAGUGCCUCAAUCUCCCCAAUCUCCUGCUGCCCUUCCCUCACCGACUCACACCGUAGGAUCGAUACCACACCAUGCUCCCAUUCUUUCUUCGCCGUUACGCCCUGGAUCAAGGGCUUCCAAGACAUCAUCAGCUUCCAGGUUUUCCAUAGGCCGAAUGCCAGCAUUAGGGUCUGUAUCAUCAUCACUGGGUGCAAAAGCCACGGCCACGACUGCGAUAUCGGACGAACCCAUAGCAUCUUCCGUUGAGAGCCAGUACGAGGGGGUUUCCACCGUCCCUCCACCAGACGAUUCUAUCUCAAAUGGGAUGAGCAAUAUGUUGAACGUUCGUAGAAGGACGACAUCUUAUCACCGUCCCCCUUCCAGAGCUAUUUCGGAGAGUUCAACUUCGAAUACCGUCACAGAGGGUGUUUCCUCGAGGCCUGUGACCACGGCCAGCAGUACUCUUGCGAACCUUGCUAGUAGCUGGGGCGUUUCGUUUACCCGGAAGAAAAAGGCUGCGAUUAGCCUUCUUUCAACAACGGAAGAGUCUCGACCCGUUUCGCCGUCGCUGGAUACACCAACCAACGAUGCUUUCCAGCCUAUAUGAUUGUAUCUUUGCUGUAGAAACGAGUUGAAACACAACUCUGGAUCAUCAUCUUUUUUUUUAUCCCACAUUGUAUCUUUGGAACUUACAUAUUUUUGUGCAUCUAAUGAUUACACGAAACUGAGAAUAGUCUACACCCGCGAAGCGUUACGCCCUCUACUCGCAUUUUAUUUUCAUUUAGCGAAAAUAGAUAGUAACCAUCAUGUGUGAGUGCCACUCAGAAUGCGUCGUUGAGUUUGGGAC